UCUUGUUGUGUGACAAGAAAAAUUUGUCGAUGGAAAAAUGGCGGAUGCUUCAAAUGCUUCACAGGCGUAUGGACUCGACUUACACGAAACCCGGAAGAGGUUGGAAGUAUUAGAUAGAAAUUACCGAAACCUAAAGGGGCUAUCUCAAAGAGCGGUCAUUGAAUUCGAAGAUCUGCAGAAAAAGUGUCAGGAUUACUUUGAAAAGUUCAAAGAGCAGGAGGCGAAAUAUUCGAAAGCCAAAGGGGACUUGGAGAAACUGAAAGAAGUUUCGAACCUUGCCUUAUCUGAGUAUGAAAAUCUGCAUUCGAAGUUUGAGGUGGAGCAAAGUUGCAGGAAUAAGGCAGAGGAGUUUGCCACAAAUGUGAGCCAUUAUUAUUUUGUUUACAAUAAAUUAAGAGCAUAAAUUUAUUACUUCAUUAAAUAGAAAUAACUAAUCAUAGCAGAAUACAGCCCGAAAUGUUGAAUUUAUAAUCAGUCAGUCUGUGCUGUUUUACAGUACCUACUGAAUGCAUGAUUUUCCAUGGAUCAGUAGCACAGUUCUGAUGUACAAAGGUGUAACAUUGGGGUAAAAUUGAAAAAUUUAUUUAAGAAUCAUUUCUUGUUAGAAAUAAGUCAGAAAGUGAAGGAAAUUGGUUCCUAUCUUGAAAUUAUGUCAUUUCAGUCAAUUAAGAUGCAUUUUAAGCUAAUUUUCUAUUACCCAUGAUGCAAUGCGGCCACGCCCUUUUUUGUAA